GCGUCAUCCAUUGUUUACAAAUCAACCCUUGAGCUGUUUCUGUUGGGUAGCGUGACGGACGCCGGCUUAACGACGGUCCCAUCCGUUUGAAUAAAAACAACCAUCACGACUGGAUAUUUGUUAUCUAAAGCUAUAUUGAAAAUGCCUUGUCGAAAGGAGAACUAUAUCUUUUUGGAACAGUCGGUAACGGUGGAUUCUAAGGAAGUAGACGCUCUCGUGUCGAAAAUCGGCGAGGCGCUGCAGCUUCACAACAAUAGCUCGAGCCAGAAGGCGAUGUCACGUCUACACGGUCUCGCGAGCAGCAGACCGAACGGCAGCAACAACAACAACAGCAGCAGCGCGGCGGGCGGUCAGCGGUGCAUCCGUCUCCGCAGCCGGAGUUUACGUACCAGGCGGGCCAGUCCGUACAACCCACCCGGAUCCAGCGACCAGGAAUGGGACCAUUUCAGAUCCUCGUGGAACCGAAAGAAAAUCGACGAGGACGAUCCGCACCAGCUCCUCCAGGAACUCGUAUUGUCGGGGAACCUGAUCAAGGAAGCGGUCAGACGACUUCAGUUUACCUCGGAACCAGCGGAGCACGACAUGUCCAAAUCUGUAGACAGACUUCACGAGCCCGCAGAUGCAUGAACGUCCUCACGUUUUCAGAGCUCAUUGUCAUACGUUGGUUUUACAAACUUUGAUAUCACACCCUUAUGAUUUUUCUAUUGUAUAUUGCUGAGAUGGAAACGUUAUGUAUUUUGGACUCUUUUUCAAUGUGGCCCUACCUUGUUCACUCAUUUUUAAAUCUCAGUGUUUGGAUUGAAAUGCAAAUGUGAUGAAAAAAUCUAGUGGUUUAUAGCAAUGCGUUUUAUUAUAGUAUUAACUGGCCUCUGGUUGGUUUGUCCUAGAAUGGUGCAUCAUGUUUUGGUUUGCUGGAGUUUAGCACUCCCAAGAACUGCUCAACUGUUUUGUUUACAAUGUAGAUGUGCUCUGGCUGCUGGUUUGCUGUCCUCACCUAGAUCAGGCGAUGGGUCACACUUUUUGUUUACUAAUUUUGGACCUAUGUUUGGAUACCGAGAUAUCACUAUUUUGAUUUCAAACUGGCCCUGUGUGCACCUCAUGAGGACCUUGUCCUCUGUCCCUUUGAUUUCCAAGCGAGGAGCAAGGCCAACACUCCUUCUCAAAAAGAAACUGAGAUCAAACUCUGUGUGUGGGUAAAUGUGUUAGACAUGGGGGAUGUGAUCACAAAACAAUGACACUGUGGUGUUUUUUUAUUCAAAUAUGGAGUUCUUAAGGAUUUUUUGGUUUUGUUUUUUCGUUUUCACUCUUGUGUAAACUCUGCAUAUGCUUCGCAACGAAGUGUUUUUAAUAGCUCUGAUUGUUCAGAGAGUUUGGUGUCUAAUAAACA